CUGGUCUAAGCUUGAUCUGGGUUUCUCCAUCACAGGCUCCUGCACAAUAUUCCUUAAAAUAUACCAGCCUAAUGCAUUCAAUAUGUAUGAAAUAUACCAUAUGCCGGGGGCUGCAGACAAUAGGUGCUCUGUUUUCUAAAAACUCCCCUCUCCACACCCCCUCCUCCACUGCUCCUUCCCUCUGCCUUCUUCCUGAUCCUGGGACUGCUAAGUGACAGAAGGAGAGUGCAAGCCUGCGAGGCAGUGUGUAUGUGCUUGUCUGUAGCCAACCAAGUCUGAAUAGGAAACAGGACAGGAGGAACUGAACUCGGGAAAAGACUGAAAGGAAGAAGAUGAAAUAAUCCCAGAGUGCAUGCAGACACUGAACUAUUAAAAAACUCAGCAAGUGUUUUGCUGGACCCCAAACCUGUCCAUACAGCAGCUUGUUCUGGGGCCAAUAUUUCCUUUGGAGAAGUGCCUAUUUGAUUUCACAUAUCCUUAUCCUCUCCACCCUCACCUUACAAAAAAGCCUAAGGAAACAGCUUUAUGCUAUUGCUGCUAGUAAUAUAAUAGAACGGCAAUGCUUCCCCUUUCAGUGGAAAAAAUUAUGUUAUAAUCGCGGUGACGGCUUGUUUUUUGUCAGAUAAAGCAAGCCUAAAUAAUACACAUUGCUCAGCGUAAAGGCGCCACAUUUUACGUAGAAAAGGGAGUCUGCUGAGUAUGUAAGGUGGUUUGAUGAAAAGCUGCUGUGAACAAUUGGAGCAUUAGAAUAUUUAGUAAAGAAGGCAUGAUGCUGAAAGCAGAUUUGUCAUCUUUAAACACAUUGGGCAGUCCUUUGGUGGUACAUACCCAUUCCUUAAUGGAAUCUGAGCAGAAUGAAGUGAUUGAACAUAAACCUUGGGGAAGAACCAAUGAAAAUCCAGUUCUUAACAAUGAGGAUGAUGUUUUUAAAAGUCCUCAGGAAAGUGACUGUAGCCAAAUAACCCCUUGGGAAUUCAAUGACCAGGAACCAGUGGAAAUUAGAAAUGAGGUGCCUCGCUUGAUCACUGAUAGAGACACUUCAGAUUCACCUGUGCCUAAAUCCUCCAGUGCAGUUGCAGCUGAAUCGGUCAAAACAUUGUAUGAGUUUGUCCCCAUUGCUAACAAGCCUGAAGAAGUGUACAAGUCAACCUGGAAGGCCGCGCCAUCCCCCAAGCUAAAAUUCACCUUUCAACAGCCGAAAAAGUCAUAUAUUUCACGAAGUGUCAGCCUCACAGAAAAGGAGUUGAAGGAAGCACAGUCCAUUAGUGAUAAUUAUGAUUCCCCACUGAGCCCCACACAGAGUAGCUGUUCAAAGGGAGCACUACUGUUUCAUCGCCGACGACAGAAACUAAAUGCCCUUGAACAAAGGCAACAUGAACUUAUAGAACAAAGAGGGAACAAGGUUAAUCAAAAGACUCAACAUCAUCAAGGAAAACAAGGUAACCAAGUCCAACAUGAAGUGAGAAUUUUAAACUCGGUGUCAACGGAAAGUCAGCGUAGGUCUGGUCAACUUCCAGUUGGAAAGAAAAUGGAAGAGACAUCAUCUGACACAGGGUAUGCAGAAGAUACAGAAAAUCAGUGGGGAGAUGACUUCAAAGAACCAGAUUUCCCACCAAUAGAUAACAGAGCCCCCUCACCGAGUGCUUCAGAAGAAGACCAUCAAAUUUCAAUGUGUGCAAAUCUGAAGGAAAACUUGACAGUGUUAGAUACUAAUGGUUUGGUUAAUAACAUUGUUGAAGAGAUUAAAUCCCCUGUCAAAAGUGAGCAGAAUGGUCAAAAUAAACAGUACUCUGAAGUACACCUGACUCUAUCCAAACCUGUCAAUGUGGCUAACAGAACCGCUAGGCCUUUUGGAUGUAAGCAGUCUUCAAAGGAGGAUGAGCCUUUAUUAGAUAAAACUCCUCUUAUAGAUCUUCCUCCACCACCAACUUAUGCUGAAACAUUGUCAAGUCCACCUCCAGUCACACGUGUUCGAUCACCACCAGCAUAUUCUGCUUUAUAUCCAACACAGAUGGAAAAUCUACACCCUGUGAAUCAGGUUGUAACCUAUGAAGAAGGCAGGGUGACUCCCCAGUCAAAGUCUGGAAUCUUAGAGUCACUUGCAGCUCGUCGAGGACCGAGGAAAUCAAUGUUCACAUUCAUUGAAAAGCCAAAGAUGGCACCAAAUCCUGACCUUAUGUCUAUGAUACAGACAGCAGAUGAACGACGCUCAAAGCCCAAUAAGCAUGUAGAAACACAUGCUGAGGAUGAACCCUUUGCACUUGGGGCAGAAGCUUCUAGUUUCCAAAACAAUAAAGAGAACAGAGCAGCAGAUGAUUUGGGACCUGCUGAAAAAGGGCCUGAUUGGUCAGCGUGUCUCAAGUCUCCAGAGGUCAGAGCAAAGCCGCCUCCUGUACCAAUCCAAGGUCUGACAGAAGCUACAGGGAAAGGUGCAGAUUUAUUUGCUAGGAGGCAAUCCCGGAUGGAAAGGUUUGUUGUUGAAUCCCCAUCACCUUUUGACUCUGCCAGGUCACCUUCUCCUGCCAUGUCCCUGCCACCUUCCUGGAAAUAUGCCUCAAAUGCUCAUACACCUCCCGCAUACAAAUAUUCAGCCAAAGUCAAUCAAAGAUCACCAAAACCUGCAAUGCCAGUUGCAGUAACUAAUACUGCCUCAGAGAGUGUACAGUCACAGAAAGAACUAGAGAUUUCCAAACGGCAGCCGUACCAACUUCAAUCUUCACUGUUUAUUCUCUCUCCAACCAAAGACCCUGUGAGUGCUCUUCCAAGAGCAGCCCCACCUCCCAAACCCAUGGUAGAGACUUUUCGUCCAGCAAGGCAAAUAUCCUGCCCAACUUCUCCACUAGUUCCUUCCCCUACAAUGUAUUCACCAACUUACUUUAAUUCAAUCCGAUCCCCUUCUGCUGUGUCUCCUUCUCCAGCCAGUGAUGCCCCCAAUAAUUUUGGAAGACAGACACCAACCAAUCAGGUUUCUCCAAUAUCUCCAGUUCCUUUCUCAAGCACCGGAGUAACAUCUCCACGAACCAAAGCUGUGUUACAAGCACCUCGUCCAACAUUCUCUGCCAGAAGUGUCGGUCUGGAAUCUCAGAGAUCAAAAGAAUAUGGAACUGGAUCUCCUAUUCCAAGAGCUCUGCAACAUCGAGGAUCAUUGGAUGCAUGGAGAAGCUCUCCUCUGUCAUUCCUACCAGGAUAUGAAGAAGGUACCAGGAGUCCAAUCCACCCUCCUCGUUCCAUGUCCCCUUCAUGGAGUGAACGUUCUCCCUCUCCAUUCAUAGGGGAGAGGGAGUCUGGGAAGCAAAUGAAAGCUCUUAUUGCUCGUAACAUCAUCAAUGCAGCCAAGAGGAAGAAUGCAUCCUCUGUGGGUGCUUUAAGCCCCCAGUCUCCUGUUCCAAACAAUGGAAUGUGGAGUCCAAAAUUUGGCAAUGGCACCUCUCUUCCUGAAACACCUAGAUCUAGACACUCUCCCACUGGCUCUGAAAUCUCCCUGGAUUCAGAAGAUUCUGGGACCAAAUCACCAGGAUUCCGGGUCUAUCCACUGAGUCCGAGGGGAUGGUAUGGAAGUUUGAAACAAAAGAGGGAUAGCUUGCCCAACAAUUCACCAUUCACGUAUACACCAUAGCCAAGCAUCAACAUUCAACUUAAAGACAAUUAGCCCUUGAACUUGGCACAAACCUCAGUGAUUAUCCCUUCACAGCAGAAAGCUAUGCAAAAUGUAAUUAACAUUUUUUUUAAAUAAAAGCUUGGAUAAUAUUAGCAAUACAAUUAUUGAGGCUAUUCCAGUGGAAUAUUGACCAAAUUAGUAAUAAUUUUUUCCAGACAUUGUAAAUAAUAGAGCAGGGAUGGGGGAAGGAGUCUCUGAAAGCCAUAUCUCCAAUAUACUGCUAAGUAUCAUGGUUACCAAGAUAUUCAUCUACGGAUACAUAAUCUCGUUCAUUUAUGUAUUCAUUUGCAAGGUAUGAUUGCACAUACGCAUGUUCUGAUUGCUUAUGUUUACCAUGAUGUAACAGAAGACAAAAAAUGUGUAAAGGAAUAACUAAUCAACUAAUAAUUUCAGUUCACAAAUGAUUUUUCUAAAUAAUUCAGCAAUGUCUACAAAAAAGCUCAUGGGAUCACACACAUGUGAACAUCUUUUAUGUUAUGAAGAUUCUCCAUAUUCUAAGAUAUGGAUUGGACUAGUCUUUCAAAAGCCCACUGGGUCAAGCAAUCCUUCAGGGUUGGACCAGUCAUGGAAUUAGAGCACAUGUUAACACCGAGGUGAGGAUCUCAAAGAACGUUCUCUGCACAUUUUACCAGGAGGCCUAUGGCAGGAGGCAUCAACAAGCUGCCUUUGCACUGAUGAAACCUCACAGUAUUUUACUCAUAAAUGGCUUGAGCUCUGCAAGUAUCACAAAAUGCACUUUGGGAACUGCUUGUGGACUUUGCUAGAGAGAAGAAUGACAAUAACCUUGUGGCAUAAAGAGAUGCUUUGGGUGGAAAACUAUAUGGAGGAAAGAGGAAUGAGCUAGUGAAAGUGAAAAGAUGGCACCAUGCAUGAGAAAGUACCAUGCAAGUUGAAACAGAUGAGGAAAUCACCUUUAGACUGAUAAUUGUUAAUUCAAACAUUAAUAUCAAAGCACUGAAACUGAAGCACCGUGCCUUUUUUGAAAUGAGACAGUUAACCGCUAUGAAUGCCAUGGUAGGCUUGAUCGUGUGUGAGGCCACACAUUUUUUGGUAUGGGAAAUACAGGUGCAAUAGAGGCAAGACGCUGGCAAACUGAGACUGUCACGCGAUGCUGGGGUUAAGGACUUGGAUUUUGGACUACAUUGCAAAUAUAUUGAGUGGAUUUUUUUAGCCUUGCCACUGUUCUGCUUAUGUUUAUGUAUAACCAUCUAGUGACCUUGCAGAAAUUAGUUAGUGGAAAUCAUAAUUCCAGAAAGCAGCAUUUAAAGGGGUUGCAGAAAGAGCAUCCAGAAAAACAGGGUUUCUUUUGUUGCCAUAGUUAGCCAUUUUAGGGGUUGGGAGAAUUACAUUGCAUCCCGUUGGAAUGGCCAUACAACUAGGGUUGCCACCUACCUGGUAUUUUAGUAACCUUAGCUGAUAAAAAUGGCAACCCUAGGUACAACCAGCUGCAUCCUGGCUUAAUGUCCAAAAGCUACAAAGGGCCCAAUUCUACUGUAUUACAAACUUGCUUCGUUCCAUGCCCACCGACUGGGCAAUCAUUAGAUUUGCCACCCUAUAUGGGUUAUUGGUUUGCAGGCCGAGUUUUUGGUCCAAAAUGCUAAAAUGACAGCAUAGAUCAAUGGAGUUAUGUAAUGAAAGGUGCACAUUACUCUACAAGUCUAAUUGCCUAUGGCAGCCAAUCAACAGACAGCAUUCACUGGUCUUCUGUUUAAAAGCAAACAUCAUAUUGGUUUUUAUGGGUUACUACUCUUAGGCAAACCCUGUGCCUAUUAUUACAUAUGGGGUUAAACGUCCAAGUUGGGUAACCAAUAGGGGAGAAGUAUCGUGCCAGUGGGAGGACCUAAUAUAUAAGCACCUGGAAUUAAUCCUAAAAAAAAGAAGCAGCUAAUUAACUAACAUGGGUGCUAAAUUGCACAACAAAUGCAGUUUCCUUUAGCAACCAAUCACAGCUUUACUUUAAUUUUCUGACAUGCAAAA